AUGGGAGAUUUUGGAGAAAAAGUAAAGGUGACAGCAAAGAAAGCUAAGGUUAAAGCAACGAAAGCCAAGACAUCCAUUGUUAAACAUAGUGUGAAGGCUGCUGGUGCAUGCAAGAAAGGUUGGGCCAAACUCGUGAAAAAAAUCAAGGAUUACAGGGAAAAGAAUAAGAGAAUUGAAUAUUUAGGUGAUCGUCAUUGA